AUGGAUUCGUUCUCGAAUAAAGUGAAAACUUUUGAUGCGUUCCCAAAAGUAGAUCCCCAACAUCAAGUACGAUCUCAAAGAGGUGGUUUAUCAACAUUACUUACAUAUUUUUUUGGACUUUUAAUACUUUGGGUUGAAGUUGGUGGAUUUAUUGGAGGUUAUAUUGAUAGACAAUUUAUAGUUGAUGAUGUAAUACGAAGUGAUUUAUCAAUAAAUCUAGAUUUAAUAGUUGCAAUGCCAUGUGAAUUUCUACAUACUAAUGUUGAAGAUAUAACGAGAGAUAGGUUUUUAGCAGGUGAAACAUUAAAUUUUGAAGGUGUUAAUUUUUUUGUUCCACAAGGUUUUAAAAUAAAUAAUCCAAAUGAUUUUCAUGAUUCUCCAGAUUUAGAUCAAGUUAUGCAAGAAAGUUUGAGAGCAGAAUUUAGAUCAAGUGGUCAAAGAGUAAAUCAAGGUGCACCAGCUUGUCAUAUUUUUGGUCAAAUUCCUGUAAAUCAAGUUAAAGGAGAUUUUAGAAUAACAGCAAAAGGUUUUGGAUAUAUGGAUAGACUGCAAGUGCCAUUAGAAGCUUUUAAUUUUAGUCAUGUUAUACAAGAAUUUUCAUUUGGUGAAUUUUUCCCAUUUUUAAACAAUCCUUUAGAUGCAACUGGUAAAAUAACUGAAGAGAAAUUACAAAUUUAUGGAUAUUAUGCAAAAGUUGUACCAACAAUUUAUGAAAAAUUAGGACUUGAAGUUGAUACAAAUCAAUAUUCAUUAACUGAAAAUCAUUUAACUGUUACAAUUGAUGAAACAAGUAAAAAAGCUCAAGGUGUACCUGGAAUUUAUUUUAGAUAUGAAUUUGAACCAAUAAAACUAAUGAUUAGAGAAAAAAGAAUUCCCUUUUUACAAUUCAUUGCCAAAUUAGGUACAAUUGUUGGUGGAUUAUUAGUUGCAGCUGGAUAUUUUUUUAAAUUAUAUGAAAAAUUAUUAUUAAUAUUAUUUGGUAAAAAAUAUGUUGAUAAAGGUAAAGAAAAAAAAGAUGCAGGACUUAUAAAUUAA